AUGCCUUUCGAAGAGAACAAAUGUGACCUGGUAGACAAAUUCAAGUUCCGCCAGAGUGUUGCCCGACCUAACUUCCAAGAUAUGCACAUGAUGCAGGACGGAACCGUGCUGUUCGCGAAUAUCUUCCCGAAACUUAUCAUCGAUGACCACACUCUUCAAAAUGGACUCGCACUUUGGAUCCAGUACGAGACGAACGGAUUCCAGGAAAUGCAAUUACUCUCUCGCGAAUUUCCCGACUUAUCCCGUGACGUGCACAAUAAUCAAAACUCUUUGGAGUUCCAGUUGGACUUUAUGGAGGAGAACGAUGAAGAGGGGAAUAUGGAUAAGUUUUGGGAGGAAGAGCCGUGA